UCUCGUGUCCCGUCUCGUCGCAUCCACUGUCGCAUCAUCCGCUCCAUCUCUUCCUCGCUCGUGUUGCCGUAUCCGAAUCUCCACCACCCAAACCUCCCUUCCCUCCAUGGGUACUGGAGCCUCCAGGAACUCCGAUUGCUCCCACGGCGGCCGGGAGGGGCAGCUCUACGUCGCCCUCAAGAUGGAGAACUUCAAGGUUCGAGGCGACCUCGUCCCGCACGUCUACGGCUCCAUCCCCAUCACUGGCUCCUGGGACGCUGCCAAAGCACUCUCGAUGGCGCGGGAAUCGGCCUCGAUGUGGGAGCUCAGCUUCGUCGUGCCUCCUGAUCACGAGACACUAGAUUUCAAGUUCUUGUUGAAGCCCAAGAACAACACAGGGACGUGCGUGGUGGAGGAGGGGCAGAACCGGCUUCUCACGGGAGGGGCGUUGGAGGAGGGGGAUUCGAGGCCGGCACUUUUCAAGAUUGGCGAUGAUGAGGUGCUCGAGUUUAGGGUGUUCAUCAAGGUCGACAUUUUGUCCCCGUUUGAUCUUGCUGCAAGCUGGAGAGCUUAUCAGGAAAAUAUCGAACCAUCGAGAGUUCGAGGGAUUCCGGAUGUCAGUAUCAACGUAGCGGUGGAGAAUGGUUCAACGCCCACUUUGGAGCUUGAUUUAGAACACUAUGUUGUUCCAGCACCCUCUUCCAUUGUUGAUGAUGCUUAUGCAGCUAACUUGACAGAGACACCAAGAUCAUUAUCUAAUAGGAAUUUCUCCAAAUAUGAUGCCUCAACUGGUGAUUCAUAUGGCUCAAAUAAAGCUGGUGACUCCUCUAACCAUCGUGAGGACAUGGAUACUUUUAUCUCAGAUCCUCCUGAACUUCUUCCAGUUCCUGGUAUGGUAGAGUCGAAGUCAGUUGGCGCAUUCUCACCAGUGCCAAAGCAAGAUGGUCAGAAAGGACUCUUUGUCGAUAGGGGUGUUGGCUCUCCUAGACUUGUUAAAUCAGCUAGCGGAGGCACAUUCACAUUUGAUCUCAAAUUGGACAGUGAAACAAAGAAGGGAAUGCCAGCAGCUGCUGGAGCAGUUGCAGCUGCGGCUGUAGCUGAUCAGAUGCUUGGAUCGGAGGAGGAUAGUCGGUUGGCCAUUGUCCUGGUUGGUUUGCCAGCCCGAGGAAAGACCUUCACAGCAGCCAAGCUUACUAGGUAUUUAAGAUGGUUGGGCCAUGAAACAAAACAUUUUAAUGUUGGGAAGUAUCGCCGCCUUAAGCUUGGGACAAAUCAGUCGGCUGAUUUUUUUCGUGGGGACAAUCCAGAAGGUAUGGAAGCACGCAAUGAGGUUGCAGCUUUGGCUAUGGAUGAUAUGAUAGCGUGGAUGCAGGAAGGAGGUCAGGUUGGUAUUUUUGAUGCCACAAAUAGCAGCAGAAAACGUAGGAAUAUGCUCAUGAAAAUGGCUGCAGGAAAAUGCAAGAUCAUAUUUCUGGAAACAAUAUGCAAUGAUGAGCGCAUAAUCGAAAGCAAUAUACGGUUGAAAAUUCAACAAAGUCCUGAUUAUGCAGAAGAAAUAGACUUCGAAGCUGGAAUGAGAGAUUUUAAAGAGCGCUUAGACAAUUAUGAAAAGGCAUAUGAGCCGGUGGAAGAGGGUUCUUAUAUCAAAAUGAUUGACAUGGUCAAUGGACAAGGAGGGCAGAUACAAGUUAACAAUAUCAGCGGUUAUCUACCUGGAAGAAUAGUCUUCUUCUUGGUAAACACUCAUCUAACACCCCGUCCUAUUCUGCUCACUCGGCAUGGUGAAAGUCGAAACAAUGUUAGAGGAAGAAUCGGAGGUGAUGCAGUUUUGAGUGAAGCUGGGGAACUUUAUGCGAAGAAACUUGCAAACUUUGUCGAGAAGAGACUGAAAUCUGAGAAGACAGCCUCUAUAUGGACUAGCACACUCCAAAGAACCAUUUUAACUGCAAGUGCGAUUGUUGGUUUUCCAAAGAUACAAUGGCGUGCUCUUGAAGAGAUAAAUGCUGGAGUAUGUGAUGGAAUGACUUACGAAGAAAUAAAGAAAAACAUGCCUGAGGAAUAUGAAUCUCGUAAGAAGGACAAGCUUAGAUAUCGAUACCCUCGUGGAGAAUCAUACUUGGAUAUCAUCCAAAGGUUAGAGCCCGUAAUUAUUGAGCUCGAACGACAGCGUGCUCCUGUUGUCGUUAUUUCUCACCAGGCAGUGUUGAGAGCAUUGUAUGCAUAUUUUGCUGACAGGCCAUUGAACGAAAUUCCUCUCAUUGAGGUACCAUUUCAUACAAUAAUUGAGAUACAGAUGGGUGUCACUGGUGUCCAAGAAAAAAGAUACAAGCUCAUGGGUUAAUUCAUUUUCAUGGUGGUGCGAGCAUGAGUUAAAAUGUCAUCCAGUUGACAUUGCUACCUUCCUUGGUUGUCACUUGUGUGAUGAUUUACAGAAUGGAAGAGCAAGCCACUCCAAUUUUUAUGGCCACAAUUAUCAACAAUAGAGAUGGCAUAGUUCAUCAAAACAAUCUUAUUCUGUCAAUAUUUUGUGUGCUUUUGUGGUUCUUGAGCUAUAAGACCUUGUGUAUUUUGUUCAUGCUUACAUAGAGUGGCAUUCUUGGAGCACAAACAGAUUUAAAAGGUCAUUUAACUUAGCAACCUUGUUUUUUGAACAGGUGAAUCAUAUUGCCGCCUUUCGAUGCAUGAAACAAUAGUCUUUUUGAAGUCCGCAUCUGGAACUUUAACCUGCUCUUGCAGGAAUUCAAUGAUAUCUAUGCAGGUUGCGCGUGCUGAUAAUUACCUGAGUUGAUGAAAUAAUUGAAGAAGCCAAAGUACCAAGAAGAUCCAAACUUGCUCGGGAGCUUGAUAUCAACUAAAGAUCUAAUCCAGCAUCUGCUACUUGCUUUAACAAAACUAUCUAUAACAUAUUGAAUCCUUCAAUAUUUAGUUCUUUUUUACUGUAAUUUCCCUAUCUUUUGGUUGUAUUUUCAAAUGUGCAAUGAAUAUAUUUGAAAAGAAUCUGUCGAGAUUGGCA